GCUUACAAGUGCCGGAAGAGUACCACAAUAUGUCUGAAGAAACAAAUGUAGGAGCAGCUGCGCUGGAAAAUAUGCAAUUGUUGCAGAAAGAAAGUUCAGUGUUUAAAGUACCCAAAGUACCAAAGAAAAAGGUUGUUAAGAAAACAAAUGUUUUGGAUGAAGAAGAGUAUGUUAAGGGUAUUGCCAAAAUUAUACAAAGAGAUUUCUUUCCUGAUUUAGAAAAACUUAAAGCACAAAAUGACUUCCUAGAAGCUACCGAAAACAAAGACUAUGCUAAGCUGCGUGAAAUUGCCAGGAAAUACAGUGGACAAAGACCACCUACAGAACCUUAUAACUCACCAGCAACAUUUGACACACCACAUCAUGGAGAACAAAAUAUUCUCUCCGAGCCUCCACAGAUAGAAAUUAAAGAACCCCCUAAGGAUAUUACAGAUAGGCAUACUUUGGAUUCAUUUCUUGCUAAGCAUACAAGUGAAGAUAAUGCUAGCUAUGAUCGUGUUAUAUCAUUAGAAAAUAAGAAGCGAGCAGCAAAACUUUCCUCCCAAUUUGAAGCUGAAGUGACAUCGGCAGCUUUAGUUGACUCAGCAUUAGCAGUUCCAUCUAUAGAAGAACAAGCUGACCAAACAAAAAGGCCAGAAGAGAUAGACACAUGGCGUUACCGAGCCAAAAACUACAUAAUGUAUGUACCAGAUGGUGCAGCCUCUCAGGUACCUGGACCUAAGCCCGAACUACAGUAUGAAAAUACACGUCUCAAAACUCAAAUAUUUGAUCCUAUUAAGAACAAAGAAGAAAUCAGUGCCAUCGCUAGAAAACAGGACCUCAGUGUUAAGGGGAAGAUCGGUGUGGACGGUACAACGAUAUCGUCGGAGAAGGUGGACAGCCAGUACCCGUUCGUGGCGACGCCGUCACCCCGCCCCGGCGACGGCCCCGACCAGUCGCCGCUCAUGACCUGGGGUGAAAUAGAAGGCACACCGUUCAGACUGGAUGGAGGAGACACGCCUCUUCCCGCCGUGGGCUCGGGCGCGGCGUACCGUAUGCUGGAGGGCGGGGCUCGCGAGCGUAUCGCGAUGAAGCUGGCGGAGCGCGCAGCCCGCCGCCGCCGAGCGCCCCCCACACCCGCCCCCUCGCCGCUCGCUCGCCCGCACACUUUCAGAACAAACACGGAGCGGCUAGAGAGCAUGUCGCCGGCGGCGCGGAAGCUGGCGGCCAAACAUCUGCUGCUGUCCCCGCGACUGAGGCUGACCCCCAACGCCGUGGGGGUCCUGCCCCAUACGACGCCCAAACGGACCCCCACUCCCCGCACGCCGCUCGUGGCCCCGCCCAGACCCCCCGCCCCCGCGCCGCUCGACACCCCCACAGACGACAUCACCGACAACCUGCUGCAGAUCAACGUCAGCAAACGAGAGAGAUUAAAAGCGCACGACUUCUUCAAAUAAACUUCCAUUUUAUAAGUA